AUGCCCCCAAAAGCAUUUGCGUACUUUAAACAAUCUCCAGAAAAUAAACAGUCGCUCUGCUAUAGUACUAGUCUCGCCCUCCUGAUAAGUUAAUGCAGUUUGUUAAGCGAUGAUAACGCAUCAUGGUAUCUCCAAGUGACACAACCGCAAUAGUUAGCUUUGUAAAAUUGAUGGUCACUUUUAAUACUCAAACAUGAGCAAUUCGUUUCGUUUGUUCUUGGCUGUCACCACGAUUGCCGUUUGCUGGAGCAAUCAUGUUCCAGUUUCUAGACAAAACACCAGGCUAAGUGUUUCAUUAGUUGAUAUCAAAACUAAACUAACGAGGACUUCAGUAAACAACGACUUUGAAAGUGGCUCACCUGAUCCAUGGAUCGAUACUUCCCCAACCAGUGUUUACUGGAACGUUGAGGAUUUUUCUACUCCGACGGAGGUUAAUUAUCCUCCACCUACUCCGUCAAUGGGCAGCAAAUAUUUACGAGCUACAAGGGACAGCCAACUGGCUCCUGGCCUCCUCAUUUUGCGUACCGUAACGUUCACAGCAUUUCCCGGUGAUGCAAUCUCGUUCAAGUUCUGGAUUCGAUCCAAGUACACCGGUGGCAACACACUAGACCUCGUGCUGGCCAUUGACAAUGUUGAAACAACUUUGUUGGCAUUGUCCAGCUAUUCCACUUCAGUGAAUGUCGAGUGGCGUACAGCCUCUUCUUCCUUCCCUAUCUCGACACCAACAAACUUGACGCUGAUAUUUUACGGUUAUUGUGGCGGAAAUUCUGAAGAUGCGAUCGCAAUUGAUGACAUCCUCUUCAACAGUUCCAUAACCGAACAAGGGACACCAAAUUCAUAGCGAUUUCUAAGUAUCUGAGAGGUGCUGAAUAAAGACUUUAGAGUUA